AGAAUAUUGGUAGAAGUUUUCCGCAAUACAAGGCAAGCGAUGUCUCCGUUUUCAACUAUUUAUGUAUAAUUAAACGUGCUGUUUCAUGCGUGAUAGGAUUUAAAAAACCUCGAAUCUACAUUGUUGUCAAUUUCAUUCGCCGAACGGAAGCGAAAGUACAGGUCCAGUUCAGUUUGUACAACGUUUUGUUUAACAACGAUAUUUCUCUUCCAAAUAAAUUUUAUUCAGCAACACAAAUACACAAUGAAUGAUCAAUCGCCUGUAUCAGUGGGCCAGUUGUUGUUCGAUUCGUUGACAAAAUACGGAGAUAAAACAUUAUUGUUUAUAGCCGACACCGGCGAGCGAGUGACCCAUUCGGAACUGUUGACAUGGAGCGUCCGGGCGGCGCUGAGGUUGCGAGAGGACGGCGUGCGUCGCGGCGACAUCGUCAGCACUUGCACCGACAACCACAAAUACAGUUGGAUACCGUUCCUGGCGACGCAAUUUUUGGGCGGCAUCUCUGCCAAUUUCAACUCGAUGUUGCCCCCGGAGGAGGCCGUCCUGCUGAUGCGGUCGAUCCGGCCCAAAGUACUCUUCGUGUCCAAAGAUGAUCGGGAGUACGUGGAGAGGUGCUUGAAGGAAGCUGGAGUCGAUGCGAAAUUGGUGGUUUUCGGGUCUUCGUUUUCGGAUUAUAUCGCUCAACGCGACGAUGAAAGCGACUUCAAACCCGCGACAAUCGAUUCUGUAACCGAAACUGCCGUCGUUAUUUUCAGUAGCGGUACUACCGGUUUGCCUAAAGGCGUUUGCCUCAGUCACAACUCUUGGUACAAGAUAGCCCAACCGAUAUCGAUAAGAUAUACCAUCAAUGAUGAUGAUGCAUACGUAUUUUUAUUUUGCAGCACAUUAUAUUGGAUCACAGGCAUUUUCAACAUAGUCAGGUCUAUCUACACUGGAAAUGUUUGUGUGGUAUGCCGAAAAUUCGACACAGUGGAAUGUUGGAAAUAUAUAGAAAAAUACAAGGUAACGGUAAUGUUCAUCGGAACUUUCAGUAUAAUGGAUUUCGUUAAAAGCAAGCCGGAAAACAUCGACGCUAGCAGCCUGAAACUUUGUUAUACAGGCGGUUCGCCAGUAACCGUAAAUAUGAUGAAGUCUCUUUGCGAGGCUUUACCCCACACGAAAAUCUUGCUUUUAUACGGCAUGACCGAAACGACGGGAGGUUUUAUGUCGUUCGACCCAACAGAUGACCGGCAAUAUGAAAUGCAGCUCGCCAAGCCUUUGUCCUCCGGUCUGAUGCCCGAAGGAGUCGAAUGGAAGGUUGUAGAUGUUAACACAAACAAAAUCUUGGGUCCUAAUGAAAAUGGCGAACUAAGGGUGAAAAUGGAAAUCUUAAUGAACGGAUAUUUCGGAGUGGAUUCCUCCGAAGUCUUCGACUCUGACGGUUACUUCAAGACCGGAGAUAUCUGUAACUAUGACGAAGACAAGUGCUUCUUCAUCGUAGACAGAAUCAAGGAAAUGAUAAAAUACAGAGGUUGGCAAAUAUCGCCCGCUUUUAUAGUGGACGUGCUGCUACAGCAUCCGGCGGUUAGCGAGGCCGCUGUGAUCGGUAUACCGCACGAGAUCGACGUCGACCACCCAAUGGGAAUCGUGGUGGUAGAUAAAAAAACGACCGAAAAAGAAAUAGCCGAUUUCGUAAACAGCAGAGUUACCGACGUGCAAAAAUUGCGAGCCGGCGUCAGAAUCGUCGAGAAAAUCCCCAAAACGGUCAGCGGGAAGGUCAAAAAGAGCGCCCUAAUCGAGUUAGUCAAAGAUAUAGUAUAAACAAUGUAUUCUUUUGCUUUUUAAUAAAAUGGAGGUUAUAUAGGAGAA